CACACAAAGAGAUGCAAAAAUUUAUUAAAAAUUUACCAAAUUAUGAUGUUGUCAUCACCGAGGUAAAAAUAUGAAAUUUUUUUUAAACAACAAAAGAAUUACGGAAAUUAUUUAUUUUUUUUAGGCAUUUGCAGCGAAUUGUUAUUUUGGAUUUGGAUACAUUUUAAAAGUACCUGUAAUAAUUGUUUCUACAUUUUUAAAAGAAUUUUCAUGGCAAUCGCACAUAAUUGGUAAUCCAAGUUCAAUUGCUUUUACUACGAAUGUUUUGCUUAAUAUGGUGUUGCCUAAAACAUUUUUUCAACGCUUAAAAAGCACUUUUGUUUUUUAUCAAAGUAGAUAUAUUUUUGAAAAAAUUACUCAUGUACAAACAGAAGCUAUGAGAAAAUAUUUGAGUUCAGAUAUACCAAAUAUAAGAGAAAUUGAAAAAACUGUUUCAUUAAUGUUUGUUAAUUCACAUCAUACUUUAUUUGCCAUACGGCCUAACACUCCGGCUGUAAUACCAAUUGCUGGUAUUCACAUUGAAGAAAAUGAUGACGAACUAUCUUUAGAACUGAAAAAGUGGAUGGAUGAUAGUAUUCAUGGUGUAAUUUACUUUAACCUCGGUGCUAUGAUGCUGAUUGAAAGUUUUCCUAGAGACACUCUUCUUGCUUUUUAUGCAUCAUUUGCUAAAGUAGCUCCUAUAAGGAUACUCAUGAAAAUUGCGAGUGAAGAUAAGUUACCACCAGGUUUACCUCAAAAUAUUUUGACAUUAUCAUGGAUCCCUCAAAUUCCCGUUUUAAAGCACAACAACACAAAGGUUUUUAUCACUCAUGGAGGACUAAUGAGUUUACAAGAAGCAAUUUACCAUGCUGUACCUAUGAUAGGGCUACCAUUUUUUAUUGAUCAAUUAUCGAAUAUUGAAAUUUGUGUUGAAAAAAAUAUAGGCAUUCGUUUGGAUUUAAAAACAUUAACUGAAACAAAAUUAAAUAAUGCAUUGAAUCUCAUUCUUAAUGAUUCAAAAUACAGAAAAGCUGUUUUACGUGAAUCGCGUCUCUUUAAGGAUCGACCAAUGAGUGCAAUAGAGACUGCAAAUUUUUGGGUUGAAUAUGUCAUUAGAAAUGGACCAAAUUGUUUAAGAUCACCAGCAGUCGAUUUGCAUUGGUGGCAAGUGGAACUUUUAGAUAUUUAUGGAUUUUUACUAUUUCUUUUUAUUUCAAUACUGUGGUUAAUUGUAUUUUCUAUAAAAUUUAUUGUUAUAUUUAUUAAAUCAACAAAGCUCGAUAUUGACAAUAAAAAAAGAAGCUAAUUAUACAGAAAAUUUUUAAAAAAUUUGAAUACUCAAAAUUUUCAAUCUCCGAUUAGAAAUAAUUAAACUAAAUUCACUAUGUAGAUAAUGAUUUUCUUCAAAUGUACGGCAUAUUAUAAUAAGUACUGAGAGUGGAAAAUUUUAGAUUAUCAUCAAAAUUAGGAGUACUAAAAAUAAUAUUUAACAAAUAAAACUGAAUUGACUGCAGCUAAUUGUCUUUUAUCUUAAAAAAUAUUUUUAA